AUGCUGAACAUGUGGUCAUUCUUCAAAGUAACGCAUUCCGAUCGUCACAUCUCUCUUUCUGGAAUUACCGAGAUCAAGCAUCAUCCUAUUUCGCUUUCAGCAAAACACAGUAAUAGAAAAGAGUCUCCUGACCAGGCUACCGUACCAGGCUUUCCUCCGGAAGCGGCCAUCGAAGAUCUGACGAUGCAAGACAUCAUCGGACUGACCGAGACGAAACGACGUUACUCUCUCAACGCCGUGUUGGUGGGUGAUGGCGUCCUCGUCAACACGAGUAUGACAAAGAACAUCAACUCUUUCGAACAACCUACGACCCGAAUCGGACGUCUGCGGAUGGGAAGAUGUGGUCCAGCACCAGCUUUGACUAUCUUCGUCGCUUACGCUCCAACAUCAAGCUACAAAGAAGAAGAAGUCGAAGCUUUCUAUGUGGACCUGGAGAAGUUCUACCGAGAAGGUCAUGCCUCUACAAAGUCAUAA